AUGCAUUCUACCUCAUUUCUAAUUUUUAUUUCUCUUCUUCUACCUUUUAUUUUUUCAACACCUCACAUUGAUUGGUGCUUAUAUUGGCGAUAUUUAAAUAAGGAUUUGUUUCGACCCGAAUGUAAUGGCAUUUAUAGAUUGAGAUUUGCGAAACAUAAAGGUAUAAUUGUAUUGAAGUGGACCUGAUUCUCAGAAAAUCAGAAAUGACCUACCAAAAAACAUCAUUUUUAGAUAAUUUGUGAACCAAGUUUUCACCGCAAAAAUUUGCAGUAAUAAAUUACAUACUGUGUUUUUGGAAAAAUGCAUGAUAUUUUUGCAAAUGUGUUCUUUGUUCCCAACCUUUUCUAUUUUUCAGUUCUUGAUCAUAAACUACACGAAGUUUCAAACAUCCGUUUGAAACCUCAACCUCCAGCUCAAUUUCAAAAUAGAUUGUCUUCCCCACAAUCAAUUUCAAUUUCUCCAGCAUGGAUUUCGCAAGGAUUUGGUUGGUUUUCCUCCAAAAUUAUUCUCUCACAAUUAAGUUUAAUUUCAGGUCAAUGUCAAAAUUCCUGGUCAAAUUGUCGUCCAUCUUCUUCAUGUAACUCGGGUCAUUUAUGUGUUGAUGCAUCUGGAUAUUGUUGUGGAACCCCUCCAAAAAUCUCGCAUUGUCCAUCGCCAGAUUCACUUGCACAAAACUGCCGCGCACGUCGUCAUUACAUUAAUUGGUGUAAUUAUGAUUUUGAGUGUGCACCAAAAUUGGCGUUGCGUCAGAAUGCUUUUUACAGCGAUUCAACACCUGGAUAUCAUAAUUCAGCUGCAGUUAGUUUAUGCUGUCCAACUCAAUGCGGAUAUAAUAUGUGUGUCAGUUAA